AUGCCAAAAUACGUUUGGAAUAAUUUAAAAAUAAAAAAGGAUUUAAAUACAAUAAAAAUUGAUUUUGCACUUUUAAUAUUAAAUCAACCUAUAACAUGUGAUCCGGAAUUUAUUAAAACCUUAUGGACGAAAGCUCAGAUUCGCGGUUUGGUCGAUGGCGGAUCGAAUAGAUGGUUGGAUUUUAUUAAAGAACAAAAUUGUGAAAAUUUACAACUUCCAGAUUUCAUUUCCGGUGAUUUCGAUUCAAUACUACCGGAAACUAAAAAUUAUUUCGAAAGUAAAAAUGUUACACUCGUACCGACACCCGAUCAAAAUUACACGGAUUUUACAAAAGCUUUAAAAUAUAUAAAAAAAGAAAUCGAAGAAAAAAAUUUAAACGUCAAAAAUAUAUUUGUCAUAUGUGAAAAUGGCGGUCGUUUCGAUCAAAUAAUGGGUAACGUAAACACGUUGCAUUGUUCCAUCGAUUUAUAUACACACAUUGAUAUAACGUUAAUAUCCAGCGAAUCCGUCACGUGGGUAUUACCACCUGGAGAACACGUGAUAAAUGUACCUGAUUAUUUUAUUGAAAAAAAAUACACUUGCGGUUUGAUACCGUUUCGAGGUGGUACAAUAAUAACAACCAGAGGUUUAAAAUGGAAUUUGAAUAAAACCGUCAGCGAAUUUGGUAAAUUGAUAAGUUGUUGUAAUUUAUAUUCGUCGAAUGAAAUUUACGUUAAAUGUAGCAAACAUUUAUUAUGGACAUCAGAAUAUUGUUAA